AUGGAAGCUUUUCAUCAUGCCCCUAUCAGCUUUCACUUUCCCUAUUCUUUUCCUAUCCCAACACCAACAACCAACUUUCUUGGAACUACAACUACUCCAAAUUCAUCAUCAAUUAAUGGAAUUAACACUUGGAUGGACAGUAGAAUUUGGAGUAGACUACCACAUAGGCUCAUUGAUAGGAUCAUCGCUUUUCUUCCACCACCAGCUUUCUUUAGAGCUAGAGCUGUUUGUAAGAGAUUUUAUGGUCUUCUUUACUCUAGUCAUUUUCUUGAAUUGUACCUCCAAGUUUCCCCUCAGAGACAUUGGUUCAUUUUCUUCAAGCAAAGACUACCAAGAAACAACAUUUACAAGAAUAAUAGUACUAAUCUUGGAAGUUCUGUUGAAGGUUACAUGUUUGAUCCUGACAAUCUUUCUUGGUAUAGGCUUUCUUUUGCUUUAAUCCCACAAGGGUUUUCUCCUGUUUCAUCUUCUGGUGGAUUGAUUUGCUUUGUUUCUGAUGAAUCUGGAUCAAAAAACAUACUCUUGUGUAAUCCACUUGUAGGCUCUAUAAUCCCCCUCCCUCCUACUUUAAGGCCUAGGCUUUUCCCUUCUAUUGGCUUGACUAUUACUAAUUCAUCUAUUGAUUUAGCUGUGGCUGGAGAUGACUUGAUUUCUCCUUAUGCUGUCAAGAAUCUAACGACAGAGUCAUUUCACAUUGAUGGGAAUGGAUUUUACUCUAUAUGGGGUACAACUUCUACACUUCCAAGACUGUGCAGCUUUGAAUCAGGUAAAAUGGUGCAUGUGCAAGGGAGAUUCUACUGCAUGAACUUUAGCCCUUUUAGUGUGCUUUCUUAUGACAUAGGCACAAAUAAUUGGUGCAAAAUACAAGCCCCCAUGCGGCGAUUUCUCCGUUCGCCAAGCCUUGUUGAGGGGAAUGGGAAGCUUGUUUUAGUUGCAGCAGUUGAGAAGAGCAAACUGAAUGUGCCAAGGAGCUUGAGGCUUUGGGCACUGCAAGAUUGUGGGACAAUGUGGGUGGAAAUUGAGAGAAUGCCACAACAAUUAUAUCUCCAAUUUGCAGAACUGGAAAAUGGACAAGGGUUCAAUUGUGUUGGACAUGGAGAAUAUGUGGUGAUAAUGAUCAAGAAUAAUUCAGAUAAGGCAUUGUUGUUUGAUUUUUGCAAGAAGAGGUGGCUUUGGAUUCCUCCAUGUCCAUUUGUGGGCAAUAGUAAUAAUAAUAAUAAUAUUGAUUAUGGUGGUAGUAGUAAUAAUUGUUGUGGAGAAUUUGGAGGGGGAGAAUUGCAUGGAUUUGGUUAUGAUCCUAGACUUGCUGCACCUAUUGGUGCACUUCUUGAUCAGUUGACAUUGCCCUUUCAGUCUUUCAACUGA